AUGCCUCAUGCGGUGGCCAAAGGUAGCUCUUCUGCUAGCUCCACGGACUUUGAGCCUGGCCGUUACCCUCAUCUGAGCACUCAAGGGGUAAUAGAUGACGCUAGCUAUGCGGAGUUCUCUCUGCCCAAUUCCCCAGAAGUCCCGCUUAGCGAGCAGCUGGAGCCGAUUGCAGUCAUUGGAAUGGGAUGUCGUCUCCCUGGAAAUAUCAGAUCCGCGUCUGACUUGUGGGAAAUGAUAAUCAACCGGAAGACUGGUCAAACGCCGAAGGUCCCAUCCUCCAGGUUCAACAUCGAUGCACAUUUCCACAAAAGAAACGACCGCCCGGGUAGUUUUGGAGUACUGGGAGGAUAUUUCCUCGAUGAAACACUGCAAGAAUUUGACCCGGCCUUCUUUGGAAUUACGCCAGUUGAGGCUAUGUGGAUGGACCCUCAGCAACGGAAGCUAUUGGAAGUUGUAUAUGAGAGUUUUGAAUCAGCUGGUAUUACGCUUGAUGAUGUUUCCGGGUCAGAUACUGCCUGUUUUAUCGCCACCUUCACGGCAGAUUUCCAGCAGAUGUCUUUCAAAGAGCAUAAUUUUAGGCAUAGCCUCGCUGCUACUGGUGUUGAUCCAGGCAUUAUCAGCAACCGAAUCAGCCAUGUCUUCAACCUAAAGGGUCCUAGCAUCGUGGUUAAUACCGCCUGUUCCUCUUCGGUAUACGCUAUACACAACGCCUGCAAUGCAUUGAGGACGAAGGAAUGCACCGCCGCAGUUGUGGGUGGCAGCAACUUAAUCCUCACAGUCGAUCAGCAUAUGAAUACAGCGAAACUUGGUGUCCUUUCCCCUACUUCAGAAUGCCAUACAUUCAACGAGUAUGCUGACGGAUAUGGGCGCGCAGAAGCUGUUGGUGCUAUAUACUUAAAGCGGCUUAGCGAUGCUAUUCGUGACGGUAACCCUAUCCGCGGGAUCAUUCGAUCUACUGCCACAAAUAAUAAUGGAAAGGUGCCAGGCUAUGGGAUUACUCAUCCUAGCUAUGAUGGGCAGUGUGCUGUUAUUCAGCAUGCCUACCAGCGAGGUGGCCAGUUGGAUCCUCGCCUUACUGGCUAUUUCGAAUGCCAUGGCACGGGAACUGCGAUUGGAGAUCCGCUCGAGGUUAAUGCUAUUGCAAAUUCCAUGAACCAACAAAGAGACGAGAGCCAUGGCCCGCUCCUAAUCGGCGCAAUAAAACCAAAUAUUGGCCACAGUGAGGCUGCCAGUGGCAUCUCUGCUAUCAUCAAGGCAGUUUUGGCUGUUGAGCGUGGGAUAAUUCCGCCUACCUAUGGUGUGACCAGGCUUAAUCCAAAAAUUGACUGGAAUGGAUGGAAAGUCAAGACCCCUACCGAACCCAUGCCCUUCCCUUCUCAUCUAGCAGUGAGGAGAGCCAGUGUUAACUCGUUUGGGUAUGGCGGUACCAACGCCCAUAUUAUCGUGGAAGGGGCAGAUUCAUUGCUGACAGAUCCACAGCGAUACCGAUAUGUGUCGCAAAUCCGAGAGUCGGGAAUGAGGGUUAAUAGAAAGGCGCUUGAGAGAAAUCGUCCUUUCCUUCUACUCUUCUCCGCUCAUGAUACAGCAACUCUGAAGAGGAACCUUGAGGCUCACGGAAAGGUUGCUAUGGGCUACAAUUUGCUCGAUCUAUCUUACACUCUUGCCAACCAUCGGACACAUUUUGCGAGCAGAGCAAUGACGGUCACAGCCAAUUCUAGGCGCGAUACAGCCUUCAAUGAUUUCCAAGAUUUCUCAUUCGCUGAUAAGAAGAAGUCACAUAAAUUGGCAUUUGUCUUCACCGGUCAGGGUGCACAAUGGGCACGCAUGGGAGCAGAGCUAAUGGUGUGUUACCCUUCCUUCCUUCAAAGCAUCAGGGAACUCGAUAUGGUUCUUGAAAGGUUGGAUGAGGCUCCAGAUUGGGUUAUAGAAGAUACCCUGCUCGAAGACCCAAAGACUUCGCGAGUAAAUGAAGCCGAAUAUUCCCAGCCACUAUGCACGGCCGUUCAAAUCGCACUUGUUCAGUUACUACGAGCCUGGGGCAUUACCCCCUCUAUAACCUGUGGCCACUCGUCUGGCGAAAUUGCGGCCGCGUUUGCCGCGAAUUUCAUCUCCGCUCCAGAAGCCAUAAUCUUAGCAUACUUUCGUGGCAGGGUGGUAAAGGAUAUCAAUACCAACGGCGCGAUGCUGGCCGUGGGCCUUGGUGCAGACGCUGUGGCACCAUAUAUGUCUGAUAUAAACGACGAAGUGGUGAUUGCCUGCCAUAACUCUCCGUCUAGUGUUACGCUUAGUGGUGCAAGCGAUAAACUAGAAAUAAUGCAGAAAAGGAUGGCCGGCGACAAUAUCUUUGCGCGCGCGGUCAAAACUGGAGGCAAAGCAUACCAUUCACAUCAUAUGAACCCAGCUGCAGCCCAAUACGAAGCACUGGUCUGCCAGGCGAAGAAGGCACUCUUCUUAGAACCUACCCAAACUUUCGAGGGUGUCAAGAUGAUCUCAUCUCUCACCGGCUUUGUCGUAUCUGAAACAAGCGUGCUAGAUGAAGAAUACUGGAGCGCAAACCUUCGUAACCCGGUCCUGUUUAACCAAGCCAUGCAAAUCCUAUGCUCCAGCCCUGAAUUUGACGAUGUCGAUACGAUUAUCGAAAUUGGACCUCACAGUGCACUUUCUGGUCCAAUUCGUCAGAUUAAAACCGAAUUCAAGUUUGAGAAGAUGCAGUACUUACCCUCACUGAUCCGGGGAGAGGAUUCCGCUGUUUCGAUGUUGAAGCUUGCCGGUGAACUUUUCCUUCGGGAUUAUCCGCUAGAUUUACAUCGCAUUAGCGCUAUAGAGGAACGUUCAAUGUCUGGGAAGGUUCUUCAAUCGACCGGAGGUGUUAUAGUGGACCUACCCCCUUAUCAAUGGGAUCCGAAUAAGAAAUUCUGGGCCGAAUCCCGCGAGAGCCAUGAGCACCGUCACCCACGUUUUAUGCGCCAUGAUAUAUUGGGAUCUCAAGUUCCGGGGACCUCAUUAGCGGAACCCUCGUGGCGGAACUUCUUACGGAUGAAAGACUUGCUAUGGCUGAAAGACCACUGUCUCGGUGGGGAAGCAGUCUUCCCAGCUGCGGCAUACUUUUCAAUGGCGAUUGAGGCUGUAACCCAACUAAAUGAGAAAUCGUUGAACCCAGCUGAUAUCCACGGAUAUGUCCUGCGAGAUGUAAGAAUCGAAGCGGCACUUGUGGUCCCUGACGACGACUCAGGUAUCGAGGUAAUGUUGAAUAUGCGACCAUCGACCCAAACAGAAAAUGACCCUGAAAGCACCUGGCAAGAUUUUACCGUCUCAUCUAUGGUAGAUGGCCGCGUUAAAGAUCAUAUGGUGGGCAGGAUCUGUAUAAAUAAUUAUCCAACAAAGCCUUCCAUCAGACAGCCACCAAAUCUUCCCCAGAAAGCAUCUGGGAAGUCUUGGAACGAGGCUUUAAAGAGAGUUGGAUUCUACUAUGGCCCGACUUUCCAGGACAUGAAAAACAUCCGAUUUGAUGGAAAAACCUAUGCUGCCACCUGUGAUACCACCAUUAAAACCACUGUUGAUGGUAUGGAAGGGGAAUCCCGCUAUACACUUCACCCUGCAACGGUUGACUCUUGCCUACAGCUACUCAUUGUUGCAAAUUGGGCUGGCAGAGCCAAUGCAAUGACUGCUGGCGCUGUUCCAAUUCAGGUUGACCAGGUUUCAAUCUGGAAGCCAAACGAUGCUCAGAUAGUAGACCAACACGCGAAGGCAUUUUCAUGGAUUGACCCUAGGGGUGUUCGCUCUUUCAAUGGACACAGCCAACUUACCGCUAAUGGUGAAGUUUUGAUGGAAAUCUCGAAUAUGCGAUGUACUGCCUACGAAGCUGUCGUCCCCCAACAAGAAGAGGGGGUUCUUAGGACCCAGCCAUACAGUGAAAUAUUGUGGAAGCCGGAUGUUACCUUGCUCUCAAAUCCUGUCAACUUUGAUAUUUCAUCUUUCACCGAAUUGGUUCACUUUAAGGAACCUUAUUCAAAAGUCCUGUCAACUGGGUGGUUGGAAGAGCUGGAGUCUGUGCUAGCUAAAAUUCCAACACUCUCACUUACCAUUUCAGAGCCUCCAGGGGGAAUGGUUGAUUCUAUUCGUGAAGCACUUGGAGCUUUCCAUAAUACUAGCGUUCAGAAACUCGACCUAGGUGAAGAGAUUAACAGCUCGUUUGACCUAAUUAUUUCAGCCGCAAACUUGGUGUUUCCCAUCUCGACACUACGUAGGUUGCUGAAUACGGGUGGCCGGGCCAUUGUACCAGCAACCAUGGACCAUUCGCCGGAUGAGUUGGCUUGCGCGAAUUUUUCUCCUAACGUCCUAAAUUUGAGAGACGGGUACGUUGUUAUUACUGCUGUCGAGUCCACCUCCAACAGCGUCAAGGUUCAUGAGGAUACUUCCUACAAUAUACAGCUCGUUUAUCGCCAGAAGCCCAUUCCGUUAACUCAUGAGAUACAGAAAAUCCUCCAGUUCAAAGGUGCUAACGUGACUACCUCUUCCAUUGAGAGUAUUGACAAAAUUGGAGAACAUAUCGUUCUUGCUGACUUCGAGGAUCCUCUCUUAUCAACUAUUACGGAGCAAGAAUUUAGAGGGCUUCAGGAACUUACAAGCAAUGCUAGCAGCAUUUUAUGGCUAACCUCUGGCGGACUUUUGAGCGGCAAAAGGCCAGAAUUUGCUCUGACCCCCGGCUUGAUCAGAUCUCUGACUUCAGAGCAAAUUUCUUUGGAUAUCAUACAUCUUGACUUUGAUACUGAUAAUACUCCAGAGGCGGAUAUCGCCCAGAUUGCUGCUCACUAUGCCUUGGAGCAAUCCAUGAAAUCCAACAUUUUAGAGAAAGAAUAUUAUAUCUCUGAAGGCAAAUCCUUCAUCAGCCGUUUGAUCCCGAGUCGGAAUCUCAACAGUCAAUACAGUCGUGACGAUGCUGAGACGGAAAUGAUAAAAUUUGACACCGAUCUAUCGAUUGUUGGGAAACUUCAAUCCGGAAAGGUCAUUUUUGAGGUCGACAGCCGGGUUAAUGACCCUCUUGCCCGAAACUAUUUGGAGAUUAAAGUCUUGACCACAGGAUUAAACAAAGAAGACACGAUAAUUAUUUCCGGAACCGAUUUUCUCACGGAUUUCACCCAUGAAGUGGGCGGCAUCGUAACCCGGGUUGGUUCUGCUGUGGAAAACUUUGCCCCAGGAGACCGCGUGAUCGGUUUUAGUUUCGACAAGUUUGCUACCUUGCAGCAAGCAGACGCAAGACUCUUCCAACGACUCAAUGCGGAUGAAAACCUAGUCGACAUGACUAGUCUCCCGAUGGCUUAUGCCGUUGCUCUUCAUGGGCUGAAGUCUCUUGCAAAUUUACAGCCUGGUGAAACGACUCUUAUUCUUCCGGGUUCUGGGGUAGCAGGAGUCGCUGCAAUCCACGCCACUCGUGCCCUAGGCGGCCGUCCAUAUGUUGUAGCUUCAAACAACGAACAGGCCAGUUCCAUCCGGGUACUGUUUUCGCUUGACCACGACCAAGUUCUCGUCCAGUCUAAUACAACCCAGCUAAGGGAUAUAGACGGCCAAUAUCAAGUCGAUGUGGUCUUCUCCUCAGGAUGGGUCAACCCGUCUAUAUCCAGGGAGGUGUGGAGGCACCUAUCUCCAUUCGGUCGAUUCAUAGAUUGUGGGCGAAAGGACGUGCUUACAAGAAGCGUUCUAGAUACCGUUCCCCUAAACCGUGGAGCAAGCUAUCUUUCGUUUGAUAUUCUUGACCUUUACAACGCGAAGCCAGAUAUCAUGGCCCAACUCUUAGCCCUAACGGUCAAUCUAUACCGUCAAGGCCGCCUACCUUUGCUCCAACCGAUAUCUCUAGGGUAUAUCACCGAGCUAGAUAGAGCUCUCUCCGCAUUCUCUGACGAUUUCGAAGCAGGAAAAACUAUCGUCAAACAUGAGAGUGCAGGAGAUGGAUAUUUGCCCAUGUUGGCUGCCGAAGCUGAAGCGGAAUUGGACCCUAAUGGAACCUACUUCCUUGUUGGCUGCCUCGGAGGCCUGGGGCGCAGCUUGACCUCACGGAUGAUGAAGCUGGGGGCUCGCAAUUUCUUCUUCCUCUCUAGAUCCGGAGCAGAUUCAGACCAAGCAUAUAUGCUUGUUGAGAAUUUACGACAAGCUGGUGCGAAUGUCAAAGUAUUUAAAGGGGACGCCAGUGUAUACUCAGAUGUGGAAGAGGCAGUCAAAGCUGUCCCAGUUGAGUGCCCUGUUAGAGGUGUUAUCAACGCAGCAAUGGUUCUCCGAGAUGGGUUAUUCUAUAACAUGCCCUUCGAAAACUGGGUUGCAUCUACGAGCCCAAAAGUGAAGGGCAGCAUAAAUUUGCAUGAAGCUUUUAAGGACCAUGAUCUUGACUUUUUUAUUACUACCAGCUCCGUCUCCGGAACCCUUGGUACUCCUGGUCAGAGCAAUUACGCGGCUGGCAACUCAUUCCUAGACUCGUUAGCUCGACACCGCCGAGCGCAAAAGAACAAGUCGACCUCGAUAAUUCUCCCCAUGAUUCUUGGGGUCGGAGUCGUGGCAGAGAGCACCGAGCUUGAAGAAACGCUAAAGUCCAAGUGGAUGUAUGGAAUAGAUGAGGAGGCACUGCUUAGGGCUUUUGAAGUUGCAAUCCUGGAAAGCAAGAAUCAGGCCGCUGGUGAUCACUUUGUGGCGGGCCUCGACCCCAGCGAGCUCUCCAAAACUGCCAAGGAAGCUGAGGGGGAGCUGGACAGCUUUUGGGCGGCGGAUGUGCGGUUCAAGCAUCUUGUUCAUCAGAUGAAGUCUAUAAAUGACAACGCUACGGCAGGCUCGAACCAGACAAUUCUAUCAUCUCUUAAAGAGAUGUCGCUAUCGGAUGCAAUAAAGGCGGUGCGAAUGGAGUUCCUUGGGAGGCUCGAACGGGUACUCCUCCUUGAAAUUGACAAAGAAGAGGAACACCGCUCGAUCGCCAGCUAUGGCAUUGAUAGCAUGAUUGGAGCCGAGCUACGGAACUGGAUUUUCAAAAACCUUGGGUUGGAUAUAUCGUUCCAGCAACUGCUAAAUCAAUCUCUCACCGUGACUCAAUUUGCUCAAAAGGUUUGCGCCAACCAGCAAAUCGAAUAG